CAUUUCAACUUAACAAUCACAAAAGUUUUCUGCGCUCAAGAGAGCGGACGUGUAAACGCGGCUAAAAGCAAUCCAACAAAAAUAUAUCCAUCUCCCCUUUUGAAGAAAAAAUAACAUCGUUUUCCCAACGUCUAAUUCGCAUUUUCCGAUUCUAAUGCAACCAACAGAAACAACAACUUAACACAAUUUUUUUUCGAAAUUUCCAAAGAAGAAAAAAACAACGUGCUGUAAUCUUAUAAAAAAAUAAAUAAAAAAGAAACAAAACAAAAAUAAUAAAAGUGCAAAAAAAAAUUGAAAAAAAAAAUCCCAACAAAAAUAAUAAAACGUGCAAAAUUUUUUUUUUAAAUUAAAACAAAGUGUUUAAAUAUUGUUUAAUUUUUUUUAACUAAAUCACAAAAAUUGCUCCCAAAUCUCUCGUCAUGGUUGAAGAAAAUAACAACAAUAGAGCCUCAGAAAAUGGCCAUUUGGCCCAUGGCGCCCAAUCAGCCAAUGCCGGCAAGGCUACUCCUUUGACUUUCUAUGAAAAUUUGAAAAGUUGGGUGGAAGCCAUUGCCGAUGUAAUGAUGUUCAUCCUAUGCUCCAUUGGCUUUAUAUUAAAGGAUCUUUACUACAUCGCCUUUGGCUACCCCGAAAAGGAAUUAAAUAAUGACAUCGCUUUGGUGACUGGUGGCGGCAGCGGUUUGGGCCGUUUGCUGUCGAUGCGCUUGGGCAAAAUGGGCACCAAAGUCAUCGUAUGGGAUAUCAAUAAACAAGGCAUUGAUGAGACCGUCAAAAUGGUACAAGAAGCUGGCGGCUACUGUAAAGGUUAUGUUGUCGACAUUUCUCGCAAAGAAGAAGUCUACAAAGCAGCGGAAGUCUUGAGACAUGAAGUUGGUGAUAUUUCAUUGCUGAUCAACAACGCUGGCGUUGUGUCCGGUAUGCAUUUGCUUAAUACACCCGAUCAUUUAAUUGAACGUUCCUUCAAUGUAAAUGUUAUGGCUCACUUUUGGACCACCAAAGCUUUCCUACCCAAAAUGAUUGAGAAUCAAAGUGGCCAUAUUGUAACCAUAGCCUCAUUGGCCGGCCAUGUUGGCAUAACCAAAUUGGUCGACUACUGUGCCAGUAAAUUUGCUGCGGUUGGUUUCGAUGAAGCUUUACGCUUAGAACUUGAAGUCCUUGGUCACACCAAUAUCCAAACCACAUGUGUCUGCCCGUUCUUUAUUCAACAGACUGGCAUGUUCGACGAUGUUAAUGCCCGCUGGGUGCCCACUUUAAAUCCAAAUGAUGUUGCCGAUCGUGUCAUUACUGCCAUAAAGAAAAAUGAAAAGAUUGCCAUAAUUCCAGGAUAUUGUAAAUUCCUAUUAUCCCUCAAAUGGACCUUCCCAUGGGGUUGUGUGGGUGGUUUGCUCAGACGUCUGGUGCCCGACGCCUCACCACAUGGUAUUGCCCAGAAAUCAUUGUUGAAUGUAUACAAAAAAUUAUCAGCAACAGCAAGUCCUGCAACAGCUGUCAGCAGUAUAACAGAUAUCUCAUCGACAUUUAAGGAGCCUGCAGCUCUCACAAAAGCCGGAACAUUGUUAAUAAAACGUUCACCCUCACUGGGUGAAAGAGUGUUGUAAGGCGAUAGUUUGGCCCUGCAGAUAUAUAGAUAGUUAUAAGGGUGGCUGAUUGUUUUCAACAUGUGCACGCUUGCUUGCUAGCCCGCCGAAGACAGUCACAACAACAAAAAAUUUAGUCUAGUAAAACCUAAGAGGUCUUAGCUUAUUAAGUAUUCCCAUCUUUGUUUUUUCAAUUUCCUGAAUGCUUUUAAUUUAUUUAAAAAAAGAAAUUUGGCAUUUGUAUUUCUGUACUUCUCUUAAAGGAAUACAGUGGGGCAAGAAAAGUAAUUUUUGAAAAUAUUGAAUUGUAAAUUAUCUUAGAUAUAUCCGCAUCCCACAGAGGGAUAGGUUACUGAUAUAUCUCCCAUUAAAUAAUGAAACAAAAAUAAUGUACUUAUGUUACGUUUUGUCCCACUGUAUUUUACUUUUGUACCUAGUUUAAAGAAGUGUUCUCGUAUAUUUUCUAGUAUUAGUUGUAGUUAGGCAAUAUCAAAAGACAAAAAGUUUAAAACAAAAUGUUUGAUGAAAGAGAUCAAAAAUGUGCUCAAGACAAAGUCCUUGUAAGGCAUAGAGAGAGAAAGAGAGAGAUAUUGAAAUCGUUUUAGCCUUCCAGUGAAUAAAAAAAUGCUGGAAGACUAAAAUUGUAAUCCCCUCUCCCUAAAAGAAAGCUACAAGUAUUUUAUUCUCUAAGAAUAGGCUUUCUUAUUACCCUGGAUGCCAAACAUUUCAUUUUUUGCUACAAAAUUAAAGUAAAUACUUUUAAGUGAUAUUAAUUGUAGUUAUAGUUCUUAGUUGUAAUUGUUUUUAUUUUUCUAAUAUUUUUUUGAACAAUCAGCGAAACGAAAACAAACAAAUCAGGGUUAUAUUUUCAAAUUUUAGUUUUAAGCGUUUUUUUUCCUACAACAAACACAUUUCAUAUUUUCACUUUGUUUUCUAUAUGUAUUGUUUAUAAGUCGGUUUAAGUUGCAAUUGCAUUAAGGCACUUCUUAAUCCUCCCCUUCAUUUCAUCAUUUCCCAAUCCCAAACAUUUCCAUUUGGACCAGUAUAAACAAAUAACAGUCAUUUAUAUUCCCAAAUAUCCUUUAUAUUCCCAAAUAUCAAACCCAACUUCUCAACCUAUCCCAUCCUUCGAUUCCUUUCGUAAUCUUACCAAAGAUUCCUUAAUAAAGAUUGUUUUUUUAUUGUUCCAUAUCAAGUUAAUUUUAAUAUUAAUAAUUCAAAUACAAUACCUAGUUUUUGAAAUCUGCAAUAUACACUCAAAAAGUAUUAGCUGUAUUCCCCAACUUUACUUAGGUUUACCAUCACGGAUGCAAAAUCUCUGGUCAACACUUCAUCAAUUAAUUAACUUUGGAAGGAUAAAAACUUACCGUCUUUGCCUGUCACAGACUUCCUUCUCUGUUGUUAAUAAGCUACUAAAACUUCUUACCCAUAAUGCGCCAAUGAACACUGCAUUUCUUUAAUGUAGGAAUAAUUGAUCGUUUCCCAAUUGUUAUUAAUACUUGCUCCACAAACAAUGUAUUAGCUUUGUUGUUGACCACCAAGGAUGCACAAUACCUCAUCAACCCUUCUGCCAUCACUUAAUUCCCUUUGAAAGAAUUAAAAUCUGCCAUCUUUGGCUGUCGCAGACUUCUUUCUCUGUAGUUAAUAAGCAACUAAAACCCGUGAUGCGCCAACGAAAACUACAUCUCUCUAAUGUAGGGGUAAUUGCUCGUUUCCCAAUUGUUAUUUAUACUUGCUCCACAAACAAUGUAUUAGUUUGUUGGGACCAUUCCCCAACUUACCUGGACCAUCAAUUAAUUCCCUUUGGAAGAAUUAAAAUUUGGCUUUCGCAGAUUUCUUUCUUUGUUGUAAAUAAGCUACUAAAACUUCUUACCCGUGAUGUGCCAACGAACACUGCAUUUCUCUAAUGUAAGGAUAAUUUCCCAAUUGUUAUUAAUAAUUGUUUCACAAACAAUGUAUAAGUUUUGUUGAAGUCAUUUCCCAACUUUGCUAAGGCUUACCACCACGGAUGCACAAUCCCUGGUCAACCAUUCUGCCACCAAUUAAUUCCCUUUGGUAGAAUUAAAAUUUGCCAUUUUUGGCUGUCGCAGAAUUCUUUCUCUGCUUUUAAUAAGCAACUAAAACUUCUUACCCAUGAUACGCCAAUGAACACUGCAUUUCUCUAAUGUAGGGAAAAUUGAUCACUUCCCAAUUGUUAUUAAUACUUGAUCCAUAAACAAUGUAUUAGCUGUGUUGGACCCAUUCCCCAACUUUACUAAGGCUAAUCACCAAGGUUGCACAAUCCCUAAUCAACCCUUCUGCCAUGAAUUAAUUCCCUUUUUAAGGAUUAAAUCCUGCCGUCUUUGGCUGUCGCAGACUUCUUUCUCUGUUGUUAAUAAGCAACUAAAACUUCUUACCCAUGAUGGGCCAACGAACACUGCAUUUCUCUAAUGUAGGAGUAAGUGAUCGUUUCCCAAUUGUUAUUAAUACUUGCUCCACAAACAAUGUAUCAGCUAUGUUGGAGCCAUUCCCGAACUUCGCUAAGGCUGACCACUAAGGAUGCACAAUUCCUGGUCCACCAAUUAAUUCCCUUUGGAAGGAUUAAAACUUGCCGUCUUUGGCUGUCGCAGACUUCUUUCUCUGUUGUUUAUAAGCAACUAAAACUUCUUACCCCUGAUGCGCCAACGAACACCGCAUUUCUCUAAUGUAGGGAUAGAAUAUCGUUUUUCAAAUGUUAUUAAUACUUGCUCCACAAAACAAUGUAUUAGCUUUGUUGGAGCAGUUCCCAAACUUUACUAAGGCUGACCACCACGGAUGCACAAUUCCAGGUCCAUUCCCUUUGAAGAAUUACAAUCGGCCAUCUUUGGCAGUCGCAGACUUCUUUCUCUGUUGUUAAUAAGCAACCAAAAUUUCUUACCCGUAAUGCACCAACGAACACUGCAUUUCUCUAAUGUAAAGGUAAUUGAUCGUUCGCCAAUUGUUAUUAAUACUUGCUCCAGAAACAAUGUAUUAGCUUUGUUGGAGCCAUUUCUCAACUUUACGAAGGCUGACCAUAAAGGAUUAUCAAUCUUUGGUCAAUCCUUCUGCCAUAAAUUAAUUCCCUUUGGAAGAAAUAAAAUUUGCCAUCUUUGGCUGUCGCAGACUUCUUUCUCUGUUGUUAAUAAGCUACUAAAACUUCUUACUUGCUCCACAAACAAUGUAUUAGCUUUGUUGGAGCCAUUCCGCAACUUUUCUAAGGCUAACCACGACGGAUGCACAAUCCCUGGUCCACCAAUUAAUUCCCUUUGGAACGAUUAAAACUUGCCGUCUUUGGCUGUCGCAGACUUCUUUCUCUGUGGUUAAUAAGCAACUAAAAUUUCUUACCCUCGGUGCGCCAACGAACACUGCAUCUCUCUAAUGUAGGAUCGUUUCCCAAUUGUUAUUAAUACUUGUUCAACAAACAAUGUUCCCCAAAGUAUAUAAAUGACACUGCUUUCCAUCGAAUAUUAAUAGCCAUGAUCCACGGGCAGUAUUUUACACCAAACACAUAUAUUGGCCCCACCUAUUAAUUGAAUAUUCCCCACUAGUAAUAAUCCAACAAUCAGCAAUUUAAUUCCUCGAGUAAUAUUAGUUUGUACUUAUCCUCCUCUUCAAAAUAAAAUAUCAUUUUAUAUUUAUUGAUAAAAUAUCUUAUUGAUUGAAGUUCCAAAGAGCUUCUCCUUUUGACUGUAAAAAUAGAAUGACAAAUUUGCAAUCAAGUUGUUCUAAGCAUACACUACCUUUUUUCUUGCAUUGAUGCUUCUUCUUAUUACAAUACUGGUUUUCACUCUCAAUUUAUUUUUCUUUUAAAGUUUCCAUCUCUCUUUUUCUCUGUUGCUCUAUUCAUUUUUAUGCUAGUGAAAAGGGUAUUGCUUUAUUUAAUAUUAACAAGAGAAAGAGAAGGCAACAAAGAGUGAAAAAUAACAGAGAACAGUGUUUCUGUGGGGUGUGUUCAGUCAAAACUUCAGUGAUGCUGCUGUAGUCAAUAUUUUGUUAGACAUUUCUUUCAUUAUAAACACCUUGCUGGUCCAAUAUUCCCAUCCUUAUUUUCCUAUCCAAAACCCAAUUUCAUUACCCAUUACCACGUUCCAAUCUGCACAGCUAUAUCAUAUUGUUCUUUUUUUUAUAUCUAAUCUCUUAACUCCCAUAUCUUUGUUAAUUUAGUUUCAACUUAUUAUAUAAACUUAACAGAAAAAGUAUUUAGACGAAGAACAACAAAACAUGAAGAAAAUAAAUCAAAAAUACAUAAAAUGUUACAAA